AUGGUGGAGUGUCCUGUUACAGCAUCUCAACUGACUGUUGACCAAUUCCAUGGAUGGAAACUUUUUAAAGAUUGUGAGAUCUCAAAUUUAGACACGGAAUUCAACUCUAGCCCUCAGUCCGAUGAUGGUUUGUAUGAAGUCGCGGAGGAAGAUAUGCCCCAGAGCCUUCAGGGUACUGCAAAAGAUGGCUCUCAUGCACGCGCGUUGAGACACCUUGAUAAAAUGGCCAAUAUUUUCAAGGUUGAGUUGCCAAAUAUGGCCGAUUUUGGAGAGUUUUUGCCUACAGGUCGGUUUCAGAAAUUUGAUCCAGUAGGGUCCUUAUACCCUCCCGAAACACGUGAAGACCGGCUAGAUAAGUUGUUGGGAGCCAAAGAUCAAGGUGACAGGGAGUCGGUCACUGUAAGCUGGGAUGGGAUCGUCACCGAGGGGAGUCUCCUUAUCAAUUGGGUUAGACGGAACCAUGACCAGCCACCUCUGCAUGAAGUAACAAAUGCAAUCUACUCACAUCUUGUACCAGAUGGAGAGUUGAGUUAUAUCUUUCUGCAUAAUAUUGUGGAAUCCGAUACCAGGAAUUUCAUCUUGGAUAAGAUAUACGACCAGUCUAAUAACUCGACAUUGCCGACCGGUCCAAACGGCGCACCAUUUUCACAAACCUUCCACCAUCAAACAUCUGAAUACUUUGCCUUGCUCGGUACUGUAAUGGGUAAGAUGAUCGGGCGCUUUAUUUUGGGGCGUUAUCAACGUGGAGACUGCAAGCUCAAUUCAAUCGCGGUUGCACUCUCUCGCCAGGGCCAGCAUAAUGAUACGAUUAUUGACAUGAUGUUUGAACUUACGCCAGCUGGGCCACCAAAUAAAUUACCAUCGGCUGGAGGACCCGUUUUGAAAGCAUCAGCCAAGGGAACAAGCGUUCUGGAGAAAAGAGUGCCGGGCGGAGAACGACUUAUUGGGGGGGAGCCGACCUCAAGAGCUCAGCAGAGAGGCAGCCGCGAGCACAACAGCUUCAAGUGA